GUAGAGCUCCUCCGCGCAGCAAGAAGGCACGAAGUGACAAUCUAUCUGUGCGAAAUAACCCCAGUUAGACAGGAUAUGUUGAGGAUACACAGUCGGACUUUGGGAUGUUUCACGAACUCGGAAUCAAAGGACUUUUAUUUUUGUCCGAAUCUAUGCUGGACGUGGCGGUUGCGACUGCACUGAAGUAGUCUACAUUUGCGGCAAAAGAAACGACCGUUUUUCUUUAUUAUUUUUUCAUUUACGUGCAAAGACACCAACAGCAACCUGGACUACUCUUUUGGACCAGGAAUGGUUUAUCCUCCCGAAGGUUUAUUCUACAUCGAAAUGGAUCAAGCACCACCAGCUCUCCCCCCCAGGUCAACCAAGCCAGUGUCCUCCACCAUGAACAACAACUGCCCUUCGCCACCUACAUAUACGCUACAGGACGCCGAGUGGUAUUGGGGAGACGUGAGCAGGGAUGAGGUGAACGAGAAGCUCCGAGACACACCUGAUGGCUCUUUUCUGGUGCGCGACGCAUCCACGAAGCUACAAGGAGACUUCACGCUGACGUUGAGGAAAGACGGGCACAACAAGCUGAUCAAGAUUUACCACUGCGAUGGGAAGUACGGCUUCUCCGACCCCCUCACGUUCACUUCAGUGGUGGAGCUCAUUUGGCACUAUCAGCACCACCCGUUGGUGGAGUACAACGCCACACUGGACCUAAUGCUCACGCAUCCCGUGUCCCGCUUCCAGCAGGUGAAAGGGGACAGUGUCGAUGUCGCUGGAAGAAAGCUCAAGGAGGUUCACUGUCACUAUCAGGAGAAGUCAAAGGAGUUUGAUCGGCUUUAUGAAGCUUUCACAAAGACCUCACAGGAGAUCCAGAUGAAGCGAACAGCAAUUGAGGCCUUUAACGAGACGAUGCUGAUCUUUGAGGAGCAGUGUCGCGAACAGGAGCGCUACGGAGAAAAGUUUGAGAUGAACAAGCAGUCCGAGGGAGCCGACAAAGAUCUGGAGAGCUUUUUGAUAAAUUAUGAGAAGCUGAAGUGUCGUCUCGGGGAGAUAUACGAGAGCAAAAUCCAUCUGGAGGAUGACUUGAGAAUGCAGGUGGAGGACUACAGAGAGACGGACAGGAAGAUUAACAGCUUGCGGCCUGACAUCAUCCAGCUACGCAACAUCAGAGACCUGUACCUUAACUGGCUUAAUCACAAAGGCGUCAGGCAGAAACGCAUAAACGACUGGCUGGGGAUACUGAGUGACAGCCUGGAUGACACAUAUGUGUUGAAGGGAGACGAGAAGAAUUUGCCACAUCAGGAUGAGACGAACUGGUUUGUUGGCGAGCUGAGCCGGACGCAGGCCGAGGAGAUGCUUCAAGAUAAGGCUCCUGGAACAUUCCUGAUCCGCGAGAGCAGCAAACAGGGAUGCUAUGCCUGCUCUGUUGUUGUGAAUGAAGAAGUGAAGCAUUGUAUGAUCUACAGCACACCGCAGGGAUACGGCUUUGCUGAGCCAUACGACGCCCACUGCUCACUGAAAGACCUUGUCCUGCACUAUCGCCUGCACUCCUUAGCGCAACACAAUGACGCCCUGGAUGUUCGGCUGUCCCAUCCCGUGUACGCGAAAGCUGCAGCCACCACACCUUCUCAACACACAGAUGAACGCAAACUCUUACAGACUCCGAAACACACGGCGGGGCUCCCGCCUGCCGCUCCAGAGAUGUAAUCCAUCGGGAAAGAGACAAAAAAAAAGGACAUGUUUACUGUAUCCUGCGAGAAUGACUGCAUCGAAUGUGCAUCGUGUUACGUUUUGCACUACAGUGAUUCCAUCGUUUCUGUGAAUGGGAUUUCACAGAUUGAAGUGGGAGUGGAACUUGAAUGUCAGCUUGAACUUUUUUUAUUUUUGUUUUCGAAGAGACUGUUUAAGCUUUUAUUAUUUUUUUAUUUUUUUUUUUGUACUUCAUUUAUUGCCGAUUGUUUAAUGGACACCUUUUUCGGUGGGGAGGUUGACAACCAGAAAAUUGCUCACUGACAUCGGGUGCUGCACCUUUGUUAGACUUUGACUUUUACAACCAGAGUUGCUGGAGAUGUCCAUUUCUCUAGUUAAAUUGUAUUCAGUUCUGAAGAUUUGACCAAUAGUUUAGAAAUAUAUUUGGAGUUAUAUUUGUGCCUCAUUCUUGAGCAUGUGAUGGCACAUUGUGAGCACAGAAAAAACACUUUUGGAACACAUCAUUUAUAUUUAGUAGAUGAAUUAUUUAUCAUGGAAAGACAAUUUUAAUUUGAGCAAAAGAAAAAAAAAUGUUUUUUUUUCUCCUCAAUAAAUGUAUUGACCUAUUUGCUAAUAUCCACGUAAGCACAGAAUGAGAACCUCUUUAACAUCUGCCCUCUCGAUGUGUACAUUUCAUUAAAUGUAAUGGUUUUGUUGGGCAGAGGGUGCUACUCCUCAUUUUGUAAGAAUGCCAUAAUGUGGUUUAUAGUAAUUACUCAAUUAAGUCAGCUAGCCAUGUACAUAUUCAGGGCUCUACACACUGCUCUGGCAAUCACAAAGGAAGCCAAUUAGCUCAGCUAGCUACUUCUUAUAUGACAGACGUUAGCUAGCAACCGAGAUAACUAGGCUGCAAGCUUAUAAAGUAAACAGUAAAUAACAAAGGUUCAUAAAACCCGGUAUGUCACCAAACCUGCUUAGACUGGAGCGGUUUAUAAUCCUGUUUAUCUUCUGGUGCUUCCCUACUCUCCUAGUAACCGAAAAUACUAACAAUCACAAAAUGACUUACUCCGGUUUUAUGAUUGACUGGCAUUGUGGCAUAUUGUAACACGCCGAAUCGGAAGUAAAUCUACAUCGUGGCCAAACGGGGGAAUUACAAUUUCCAGUUCUGUCACGUGAUGCCAUGGGGCCUAGAAAGAUUGUUCCCCAUAGACUUACAGUGGGAAAGAGAUGUCUGUAACUUAGCUGACAAUUUUUGUUUGACACUUGAAUAGCUCUCAUUUUAAUCAUUCGGUCCUAAACGUUGUAAAAUAAGACCGACGGAAGAUCCGGGUAAUUUUAUACCCCGAGGUCAAACUUUUUUUUUGCUUCAUGCGCCACUGAGCAACUUUA